AUGCAUCUUCCAUACCCGCCACGAAAGCGUUCAAGUCCGCCGCCGUUUCGGCCCAUGUCAUCAAAUAUAUCUCUGCUCAGACGGAGCAGGUUAAAAAGCAUCUCUAUUGGAGCCUUGCUGUUCUUCGGCGUGCUGUACUUCCUGUGUGGAGGCAAAAAGCCGGAUCCUUACCACGAGCAUGUGCCCUCGGGCCAUCCGUCUGUUGUCUUGGUGACGGUAAUUGACCCAAGUGAAUGGGACCCGGCGUAUUUGGCCACCAUAAAGGAGAAUCGCGAGAAAUAUGCUGCGAGACACGGCUACCAAGCAAUGGUCGUCAACGCCCUAGACUACGAUACGCAGGGAUCCCCACGAUCAUGGGCCAAAAUAUUCGCCAUGCGUCACGCUCUUUCCAAAUAUCCCGAUUGCAAAUUCAUUUGGUAUCUCGACCAAGACGCCUACAUCAUGGACCCAACCAAGAGCCUGGACGACCAGGUCACGAGGCCCAGCAGACUGGAGAGUCUCAUGAUCAAGGACUACCCUGUCGUGCCCCCCGAUAGCAUCAUCAAGACGUUUUCUCACUUGCGGGGCGAAAACAUCGACUUUAUCGUCAGCCAGGACAAGGAAGGUCUUGUACACAAGAGUGUUGUCAUUCGCAAUGGAGAAUUUGCCAAGUUCUUUGUCGAGACGUGGUUCGAUCCCCUAUACAGGAGUUACAAUUUCCAAAAGGCCGAGAGACAUGCAUUGGAGCACAUCGUCCAAUGGCACCCGACCAUCCUUUCCAAGCUGGCGCUCGUCCCGCAACGAACGCUGGCAUCAUACUCGCAGUCCGACGCUGGCGAAAGAUACCAAGAAGGUGACUUUGUCGUGCUCUUCCACGGUUGCACAAACACGGGCGAGCAGAGCUGCCAGACAGAGUCGUCACCCUACUGGGAGAAGUUGAAGAAGGCAAUGGGCAUACCAUGA